UUUAAAUCUCCCUCCAUUUUAAUCUCUCUAAACAUCAAAAAACUUCAACAAAACACCAAAAACAACGUAAAACAACAAUGAGUGCUCCACCGCCACCCGAGCCGCCAAAGAAGGACGACGCACCGCCGCCACCAGCUGCUCCUCCUGCUCCACCGCCAGCGACAGCGAAAGCACCGAGUGAGGCAUCUACCAAGAAGAAGGGAAAAUCUGCUGGAUCUCUGCCACCGCCGUCAGCCAGUCCAAGCGGUGCAGCUAUUGGUCUUCGGCAAGUUGAGGUUCAAAGUUUCAGCGAUAUUCGUCCGGCGUUGCAGAAAUGGCUCGAUGGUCAGGAUAAGCUGUUCGGAGCGGCUGAGAAGAAUACCGGUCUUGAACGUGAAAAGAUUUUCUAUGCCAUCUGCGGUUUUCUUUUCCUUUGGUUGCUUGCUGCUCCGGGUGCUGGUCUCAUCUGUAACUUGAUUGGUGUUGUCUAUCCUGCCUAUGCUUCAGUUGUUGCUUUGCGUUCGGCUGGGAAAGAGGACGACACGCAGUGGCUCGUGUAUUGGACUACCUAUGGAACCUUCUCUCUUGUGGAUCAAUUCGCCGACCGCAUCACUCCCUACUUUCCGCUGUAUUGGCCGCUCAAAGCGCUCUUCCUUCUCUACUUGUAUUUGCCUCAAACUUAUGGAGCGCAGAAUAUGUACGUCAAGUACCUCGACCCGGCGUUCGAUAAGUUGGCGAAACGAGUGGCGGGAAUGUAG